GCCAGAAGAUGCCACCAUCCCUGCCUACCACCAUCAACAUCCAGGAGCCCCGCUGGGACCAGAGCACCUUUCAGGGCCGAGCUAAGCACUUUUUCAUGGUGACCGACCCCCGGAACCUGCUGCUGUCAGGGGCCACGCUGGAGGAGGCCCGACGGGUGGUGGAGGACUACAGGGCGGGCAGGAUACCCCCGGGGCUGACGGAGGACCAGCUUUGGCGAGCAAAGUACAUCUAUGACUCAGCUUUCCACCCUGACACGGGCGAGAAGAUGCUUCUUAUGGGACGCAUGUCUGCUCAGGUCCCCAUGAACAUGACCAUCACUGGUUGCAUGUUGACCUUCUACAGGACCACACCAGCUGUGGUGUUCUGGCAGUGGGUCAACCAGUCCUUCAAUGCCAUUGUCAACUACACCAACCGCAGUGGGGAUGCACCCAUCACCCCCAGCCAGCUGGGGACAGCCUAUGUGAGUGCCACCACGGGGGCAGUUGUCACAGCGCUGGGGCUCAAAUCUCUCACCAAGCACUUGCCAGCCAUCAUCGGCCGGUACGUGCCUUUCGCAGCUGUGGCAGCUGCCAACUGCAUCAACAUCCCGCUGAUGAGGCAGAGAGAGCUCAAGCUGGGGAUCCCUGUCACAGACGAGAAUGGGAACCGCCUGGGUGAAUCGACAGCCGCAGCCCAGAAGGCCAUUUUCCAGGUGGUGGUGUCCCGCAUUGGCAUGGCCUUCCCCUUUGCCUCAGCCAUCCCACCGGUGGUCAUGAACAUACUGGAGAAGAGAGCUUUCCUGAAGCGGUACCCGUACCUGAAUGCUCCCCUGCAGGUCGGCCUGGUGGGACUCUGCUUGGUCUUCGCCACCCCACUGUGCUGUGCACUCUUCCCACAGAAAAGCUCAAUGCCUGUGAGCCGCCUGGAACCUGAAGUCCAAGAUCAGAUCCAUAGGAAAGACCCAUGGCUGGAGACUGUCUACUUCAACAAGGGGCUCUGA